GGCUUGCCUGGAGGUGGGGCAUCGGGAUCCGGAAACUCGGGACUGAAGCCUGUCAAAUGCAAAUUUAUUUUUAUCUUUAGUGCCCAGGAGGUGAUCAUCCCGGCUGGACCUGGUGCCUAGGGUCCGAGGUGUCUUCUCUCUGGUCUUUUUGGGGCGAUCCGGAGGCUGAGGCUAUCUGGGCUGCGGCCUGGUGCCCUGUCGUGGGGGCUCCUAUUUGCGGGGGCCAUGCCCGUGGCCGCCGCCCCCAUCAUCAGCUCCGUGCAGAAGCUGGUUCUGUAUGAGACCAGAGCUAGAUACUUUCUAGUUGGGAGCAACCAUGCAGAAACAAAAUACCGUGUUUUGAAAAUUGAUAGAACAGAACCAAAGGAUUUGGUCAUAAUUGAUGAUAGGCAUGUAUAUACUCCACAAGAAGUGAGGGAGCUCCUUGGCCGAUUGGAUCUAGGAAACAGAACAAAGAUGGGCCAGAAAGGAUCCUCCGGGUUAUUUCGAGCUGUUUCAGCUUUUGGUGUUGUAGGUUUUGUCAGGUUUUUAGAAGGCUAUUAUAUUGUGUUAAUAACUAAAAGGAGGAAGAUGGCAGAUAUUGGAGGUCAUGCAAUAUAUAAGAUUGAAGAUACAAAUAUGAUCUAUAUACCCAAUGACUCUGUACGAAUUACUCAUCCUGAUGAAGCUAGAUACCUACGAAUAUUUCAAAAUGUGGAUCUAUCUAGCAAUUUUUACUUUAGUUACAGCUAUGAUUUGUCCCACUCACUUCAAUAUAAUCUCACUGUCUUGCGAAUGCCCCUGGAGAUGUUAAAGUCAGAAACGACCCAGUCUCGCUCGGAGAGUUUUGACAUCUUUGAAGAUGAAGGAUUAAUUACACAGGGUGGAAGUGGUGUUUUUGGGAUCUGUGGUGAGCCUUAUAUGAAGUAUGUGUGGAAUGGUGAACUUCUGGAUAUUAUUAAGAAUACUGUGCAUCGUGACUGGCUAUUGUAUAUUAUUCAUGGGUUCUGUGGGCAGUCAAAGCUGUUGAUCUAUGGUCGACCAGUGUAUGUCACUCUAAUAGCUAGAAGAUCCAGUAAGUUUGCGGGGACCCGUUUUCUCAAGAGAGGUGCAAACUGUGAGGGUGAUGUUGCAAAUGAAGUGGAGACUGAACAAAUUCUCUGCGAUGCUUCUGUGAUGUCUUUUACUGCAGGAAGUUAUUCUUCUUAUGUACAAGUUAGAGGAUCAGUUCCUUUGUACUGGUCUCAGGAUAUUUCAACUAUGAUGCCUAAACCACCUAUUACCUUGGAUCAGGCAGAUCCAUUUGCACAUGUGGCUGCCCUUCACUUUGACCAGAUGCUUCAGAGGUUUGGCUCCCCCAUCAUCAUCUUGAAUUUAGUGAAGGAACGAGAGAAAAGAAAGCAUGAGAGAAUUCUGAGUGAAGAACUUGUAGCUGCUGUGACGUACCUCAACCAGUUCCUGCCUCCCGAGCACACCAUCAUUUACAUUCCUUGGGACAUGGCCAAGUACACCAAAAGCAAGCUGUGUAAUGUUCUUGAUCGACUGAAUGUGAUCGCAGAGAAUGUGGUGAAGAAAACAGGUUUCUUUGUAAACCGCCCUGAUUCUUACUGUAGCAUUUUGCGGCCAGAUGAAAAGUGGAAUGAUCUAGGAGGAUGUGUGAUCCCCACUGGUCGCCUGCAGACUGGUGUUCUUCGAACCAACUGUGUGGACUGUUUAGAUCGCACCAACACAGCGCAGUUUAUGGUAGGAAAAUGUGCUUUGGCUUAUCAGCUGUAUUCCUUGGGAUUGAUUGACAAGCCUAAUCUGCAGUUUGAUACAGAUGCAGUCAGGUUAUUUGAGGAACUCUAUGAAGAUCAUGGGGAUACCCUGUCCCUUCAGUAUGGUGGCUCUCAACUUGUUCAUCGUGUAAAAACCUACAGAAAAAUCGCACCAUGGACCCAGCACUCAAAAGAUAUCAUGCAGACCCUGUCUAGGUAUUACAGCAAUGCGUUUUCAGAUGCUGAUAGACAGGAUUCCAUUAAUCUCUUCCUGGGAGUUUUCCAUCCCACUGAAGGAAAACCUCAUCUCUGGGAACUCCCAACAGAUUUUUACCUGCAUCAUAAAAACACCAUGAGACUUUUACCAACAAGAAGAAGUUAUACUCACUGGUGGACACCGGAGGUAAUAAAACAUCUGCCACUGCCUUAUGAUGAAGUUAUCUGUGCUGCAAACUUUAAGAAGUUGAUAGUGAAGAAAUUUCACAAACACGAAGAAGAGAUUGACAUCCACAAUGAGUUCUUCCGACCAUAUGAGCUCAGUAGCUUUGAUGAUACCUUUUGCUUGGCAAUGACCAGUUCAGCACGGGACUUUAUGCCGAAGACUCUUGGCAUUGAUCCAAGUCCAUUUACUGUGCGUAAACCAGAUGAAACUGGAAAAUCAGUAUUGGGAAACAAAAGCAAUAGAGAAGAAGCUGUAUUACAGCGGAAGACAGCGGCCAGCGCCCCGCCUCCCCCCAGCGAGGAGGCUGUGUCCAGCAGCUCUGAUGACGACUCUGGGACCGACCGGGAGGAGGAGGGCUCCGUGUCUCAGCGCUCCACUCCAGUGAAGAUGACCGACACGGGGGACAGUGCCAAAGCGGCCGAGAAUGUGGUCCAGCCCAUGAAAGAGGUAUAUGGAAUUAGCCUCUUUGAUGGUAUCUCAGAGGAAGAUCUCUCCAUUUAUUCAAGAUUUGUGCAGCUGGGUCAGAGUCAACAUCAGCAGGAGAAGAGCAGCCAGCAGCUCUGUUCCAGGUGCCCAGAUGGAGUUAUAAAAUUAACACCCAUCUCAGCUUUCUCACAAGAUAAUAUCUAUGAAGUUCAGCCGCCAAGAGUAGACAGAAAAUCUACAGAGAUCUUCCAGGCCCACAUCCAGGCCAGCCAAGGCAUCAUGCAGCCCCUCGGGAAAGAAGACUCCUUCGUGUACCGGGAGUACAUCCGAAACCGCUACCUGUGAGGAGAGAGGGGCCAACCAAGUCCGUUUGCUUCUGUUGUCAUCUGCUCUGUCUCAUUUUAAAAGUGUGAUUUCCUGGCAGACCUUUAUAUCUAGAGGGUUUUCCUUUUUUUGAAACUGGUUAAUUAUAAAUAUUAGGUUAUAAGGAAAUGACUGACUAUUUUUGCUGUCAUUGUCUUUGCUUUAUUUUAAAAAUACUUUGCUUAGAAAUGUGAUCAGUACAGUAUCACAUCAUCACAUUAAGAAAUUAAUUUAAUAGUUAUUUAUUGAGCGUUGUGCCAGGCACUGCAGUAGGGUCUGGGAGUAACCACAUUAAAAAAGAGAGAGAGACCAAUAAAUUCCUGCAAAAUGAAGUCAGAUUAUUUUUCUUUGUAGUUAACAUAUUUUUUUUAAAAAAAAUUUCUGAUGGUUUUUAUGUUAACUUUGUGUUUUGAUAAAAAAUCUAUUACUUUGAAGCCCUUAAAUAUUUAUGGAUAAAGAUGUCAGCAAAGUGCUCUCUAAUGAGCCAAAUACUAGUCAUUGUAAAUCUUGGAAAAAGUAAACAAAGGUCUUUGAACUAUUCCUACCAACUUUCUAUAGACAUGAAAUUAUGUAAAAUUAAACAUUAAAAAUCAGUUACCUGC